AUGGCUGUGAAUUCAUCAGACUGGUUGGUCCCAACUGUGGGCCCAGAGUUGGACCCCUGCGGUAACUACACUGAAGCUUGGCUGUGGCUGUCCUCCCUGCAGCCGGCCUUCCUGGGUUUGAUCAGUGUGAUGGGGCUGUUGGGGAACAGCCUGGUUCUCUGUGUGUUCUGCCUGCAGAGGAAACCCUGCACUGUGGCUGAUGUCUACCUGGGGAACCUGGCAGCUGCUGACUUCGUCAUGAUCUCCUGCCUCCCCUUCUGGGCUGUCACCAUCGCCCAAGGCUACCAGUGGGACUUCGGAGAGAUCCUUUGUAAGCUAGUCAACGUGGUCAUCUCUAUGAACUACAUCUGCAGUGUUCUGUUCCUCAUGCUGGUUAGUAUGGACCGCUACUUGGCUCUGGUGAAGCCCCUGUGCCCUAGCCGUCUGAGGAGAGCUGCCUGGGCCAAGCGUAUCUGCCUGGGGAUCUGGAUCCUGGGCUUCCUCUUCAGUCUGCCCAUCCUGCUCUUCCGCACAGUGACGUACGUAAAGGAUGCCAGUGUGGAUGCCUGCAUUCUGGACUACCCCCACCCAGCAUGGAGGUUGCACCACAACAUCAGCAGGAACGUGGUGGGUUUUCUAAUUCCCGUUCUGGUAGUGGUUUACUGCACUCGUCACAUCGUGGCUGCUCUGAACGACCGGGGAGCCAGUGGACUCCCUGGGGUGAGGGCAGAGAGGAAGGCUGCCUACCUGGUUCUGGCCGUGCUGGCCGUCUUUCUCUUCUGUUGGACACCACACCAGGUGAUGCUUUUUCUUGACACUCUGGAUUACUUUGAGGUCACGCCCGGGUGCCUAUGGGGACAUGUCCUGGACAUUGGCAUACAACUGUCCACAUAUCUGGCGUACAGCAACAGUGCUCUGAACCCCUUCCUGUUUGUCAUUGUGGGGCAACAUUUUAGGAGAAAGGCAAAGGAGGUGUUUGGAAAAACUUUGAACCCCUGGUCAAAAGAUAUGAGCUACCUGAGUGUGAGCUUCACUUCAGUGAACAGACUCAAUGAAAUACAGCAUGUCAAUAUUGAAAAACUGGAUAUAUCUUGACCAUGACAACUACAUCAUGACCAGCUACUGUGGGGACUUCUUCAGUAUGCACUGAAAAUUA